UUUGUUUCGGAAAGUUUAAUUUCGAAUAAAAUCAAAUUAAUAAUAUUAAUUUAUAAAAAAAAAUUAAAAUUUAAAAGCAGAAAAAUGGCUUCACGUAAAUCAAAUGCAAGAAUUCGUGAAGCUGAAGAAAAUGAAGAAACUAAAAGAAAAAUUGCUGAAUUAAAAGAGAGACAAAGAAAAGCUGAAGAAACUUUAAGACGUCUUGAAGAAGCUAAAGCAAAACAAGAAGAAUUACGUAAAAAAUCUGAACAAGUUCAAGAAGUUUUAUCAGCUGAAAAAGAUGUACUCGAAGAAAUCGUUGAAAGAGAGAAGAAAAGUUUAAGUAAAGCUGAAGAAGAAGCUAAAAUAUUGGAACAAAAGAAACGUGAAUUACAACAGAGAUUGGCUAAUAUUGCUAAUAGCACAAGAGCAAAAGAUGAUGAACUACAAAAUUUACAAUAUAAAAAAAGUCAUACAGAAUCAAAUGUCGAUAAAUUACAACAUGAUAUCGAUAGAAUUAAAAGGCAAACAGAACAAGCUGAAGCUGAAAAAAAGAGAAGAGAAGAAGAAUUACGUCGUUUAAAUGAAGAUGUUGGUAGACAGAGAGGUGAUAUUACCGAUUUGAGAAGUCAAAAGAGAUAUAAUUACUAAUAAAAACCAAAAAGAGCAAAAAAAAAAUAUAUAAAGAAAAACAAAAUGCCCAGAAGAAGAUCAAAAAGUAAUAUUUUCGGAAAAUUGGAAAUAGAUGAUAGAGAGAGAGAGAGAGGGAAGGAGAAAUAAAAUAAAAUAAUAAUUUAUUUAUGAAAUUUCAAUAAAAAUUAAUUUAAUUUUUUAUUUCUUUUUUUGCAUUUUAAAAUAAAAUUUUGUAAGAGCAAUUUAAGAUUAAUAUAUUUAUGUAUAUAUACGUACAUAAGUAUACAUAUAUUUUUGACAUUUAAAUGAU